AUGUCGGGCAGUCAGGAGCAGCAGCCGGCGACGGCUCGGCCUUCGCUGCUGGAUGUCGUUCCUAUUCUGGUCGUCGUCCUCAUCGCCGCUCACGUCCUCGCAUUGGUAAUCUUGCUCCCUCGCAUCCGGAAAUUCUCCUUCAUGUUCGAGUGUUGGAGGCGAUCAUGUUCUCGCAGGUUGGAAGGUGUCUUCUGAUCGGAAUGUCUUUACUUCUCCCUUUCGGAUCGUAGGUUUACUGGAUCUACAGGCUGGCUACCGACAAUCAAGCUCAGAAGGUUAUUGACAAGCAGCCUCAGCGCAGGAAGGCUCACUAG